GUGGCACUGCCGUUGUUCUCGCAGUAGAAAAAUCGGCUCCACAGCCUACCUAGCUUAUUGUACAGUUUUUGGAACUUAGUUCACACGUAAGAGCUUUUUUUUAGAUUCGUGUGGUGAUCUCUAUUGCGGCGACAUAACUCAUCCGGUCUGAUAAUGAUACCUUUGUGGCGUAUCGGGCUAACGCUAGCUUCCUGCCUGCUAUUGGCGCAUGGUGAGAGUGAAGAAGCUAAGCCAUGUGACGGUGGAGAGUGCGUACCAGUGGCAAAGUGUCAAUCCGGCGAGCUGGAAGACAAUGGCGCAUACGUCAUCAGUCUACGAUUGAAUCCCGAGGACGAAUGUAGCUAUUUGGAAACGUGCUGCCCCUACCCAAAGGAUGAGGACGAUGAGCCGCGGGAUGAGUUGGGCGAACUGCUAAAGGCACCAGCAACAGGCAACGGUGCUGGGGAAGCGUUGAAUGUAGCUGCCGAGCAAGUGCCGAGCGUUGCAGCGCAAAGAGCUAACCUGUUGUCAUCCGGUGGGGCAAACAACGUGAAAUCGGAAAAUCUCAAAGCUGCAACGAACCGGCCCCCGGUCGGUUCAGCUACUGGCUUCCAACAAACAUGCGGUGUGCGCAAUUCGAACGGUGUCAAGUUUAGCAUCACCGACAACUAUAAAGGUGAAUCGGAGUACGGUGAGUUCCCGUGGAUGGCGGCCAUCCUUGAGGGGCGGGAGGCACUGGGCAAAAAGCUGAACAUGUUUAACUGUGGAGGAUCGCUCAUCCAUCCGUCCGUCAUCCUUACGGCGGCACACUGCGUACAGAACAGUACGGCCGCCUCGCUCAAAGUGCGGCUUGGCGAGUGGGACACCCAGAAUAGGAACGAACCAUUCCCGCAUCAGGAUCGUAACGUGGUGGAGAUCGCUUUCCAUGAGGAAUUUUUCGCGCCAGCCGCACUGAACAACGUGGCAUUGCUGUUCCUGGACAAACCGGUCGAUCUGAUGGCGACGGUCAACACGAUUUGCCUGCCGCCGGCGGACUACAUCUUCGAUCCGGUGCGCUGCGUCGCAUCCGGCUGGGGCAAGGAUGUGUUUGGCUACGAGGGCAUGUUGCAGGUGAUUAUGAAGAAGGUCGAGCUGCCUCUGGUGCCAAGGGGCGCUUGUCAGCGGGCGUUACGUAUGACGCACCUCGGACGGCGAUUUAAGCUGCACGAGAGUUUCAUCUGCGCCGGGGGUGAGAAGGGCCGCGACACGUGUAAAGGCGACGGUGGGUCGCCGCUCGUCUGCCCGAUCCCUGGCGUGGCAAACGGCUACUAUCAGGCCGGUAUAGUGGCGUGGGGCAUUGACUGUGGCAAAGAAGGUGUGCCCGGGGUGUACGUGAAUGUGGCAUUGUUCCGUGAAUGGAUCGAUGAGCAACUGCGGAAACGCAAUCUCGCAAUCGAUUACUACCAGUACGGACAGGAAUGAGUACGAUCGUUAGGGCAAUCAAUUUCCUUUUUUCAUUGAUUAUGUCCGUUAAUAUUCAAGACAGUUGGUGGUAAGAUUUUCCCUGCUAUUCUUCCCUUUUAUAUUUAUACAUCACUUGAAUGUUUGACAUCUUUUGCUAAACUGACUUAACAAUCUGAUUGCUCCCUACACCAGACAUUCGGCUAACAUGGGCUAGUACGAUCAGAAAUAAAUAAAAAAGUGUUUUCAACUAGUA